ACACCUGAGGAUCAUAAUGUCUACGGCGCAUACGAGCACCUGAAGGCAGCACGACAGUUUCUUUUUUGUAUCUUAUUUUUAGUUUUUAGUGCAUCGUUUGUACCAGUGACCGGGUCCAGGUACCUUUGGAUAUUCCAAGACAGGUUUGCACGUGCGGAAAUGACGCAAUAACCUGCUGAAACCGCUCUCCUCUGACAUAUAAUCCAAAAUGGCAGCCUCUAUCGGAAGACUACUAAGGACCUCUGCACAAGCUGCAGCAGGAGGGUUGAAAGUCACAGCAGUCUGUCAACAUGGAGCAUCCGGAGCUGCGAGGAUCCUCAGCGCCCCGUCGCUCCACAGAGCCUGUUUCUCCACCAGCACUUCCAGAUGGACCCCUGCUGUCACUCAGCCGGCUCCUGAUUUUAAGGCCACAGCUGUCAGCAAUGGGGAGUUCAAGGAGAUGAGCCUCGCUGAUUUCAAGGGCAAAUACCUGGUCCUCUUCUUCUACCCUCUGGAUUUCACCUUUGUGUGUCCCACAGAGAUCAUCUCAUUCAGCGAUAAGGCCAGCGAGUUCCACGACAUUAACUGUGAGGUGGUGGGCGUGUCUGUGGACUCUCACUUCACCCACCUGGCAUGGAUCAACACGCCACGCAAGACUGGAGGCUUAGGUCACAUCCACAUCCCCCUACUGUCUGACCUCAACAAGCAGAUCUCUAGAGACUACGGGGUGCUGCUGGAUGGGCCCGGCAUUGCACUGAGGGGCCUGUUUCUCAUUGAUCCCAACGGUGUGGUGAGACACAUGAGCGUGAACGACCUUCCCGUGGGCCGUUGUGUACAAGAGACGCUUCGCUUGGUGAAGGCGUUCCAGUUCGUGGAGACCCACGGUGAAGUGUGUCCGGCCAGCUGGACUCCCGAGUCCUCAACGAUCAAACCAACCCCAGAGGGAUCCAAGGAGUACUUCAAUAAAGUCAACUAAAGACAAAGUUUACAACUCGUACACCUAAAAAUAAAUGUACUUAGUUUACAGUUUAAGUUGUAUUUACUUUACUCAAUAAAUAUAUUCUUUAUACAUGGCA